AUGGGCGGGCAACGCAGGAAGGGACUCGCAAUGCCUGGCAGAGCAUUCAAAGCACCAGCCACAGAGGACCUCCCGAGUUGUGGCGCCACACCACCCGCCCGCUUUGUCAUCCCGCACGUGCCACCCAUCUUCAGACUGGGACUCUGGAUUGAAGCCGUCCACCCUCGAUGA